AUGCAGCUCCAAGUGGGAUGGGAUGCACCACACCGAGUGGGUCGGUUCCGAGGACUCUCAUGUCUUGUCUACAUUACUAGUCCAAGGACACUAAACCUGGCCGAGUCAUGGUGGAAAGCUAAGUAUUGGAAUUUAAUCACUGAUUCAUUCACGGUUAGGCUCCAUCUUGAAGAUGUCCCCGCCAGUGGGGGAUGUGACGGUGUACCGAUCCAGCUUGGUGCGUCUUUGCAGUCCAAUCUCGAUGGGACGAUGGAAUAUCAGCAAUCUACGGAAGUGAGGCCACAUCUUCCCAAAAAGGUGAAUGAACAGCUCGGCAUCGUAUCGCCAGCCAGCUUACUUGCUAUAAAUGGUUAUAAUCAUCAUUUGGUCAAUCAGUUUACUGAUCAGAGGCAAGAAAACAGAAAAGUAAGUGAUAAACGAGAAAGCAUAAUCAAAGACUACUACUGUGUAGGUACUACUUAG